AUGGCUUCAAGACUGGCAGCAUGUGAAGCUUGCCGAAAAGCAAAGGUCGCCUGUGAUCAUAAGCGGCCGGCAUGUACUCGGUGUGUAAGUAACGAUAGAGCUGCAAUCUGCAUUUACCGAACGACUCCUUUCAAAAGAAAAAGGGUGGAGAGUUCUACACCCCUGCAGUCUCCUAGUCGGUUACCUCCGGCUCAGCCAUCCUUCACCCCAAGGAAUAAUCCCUAUCCGAACCCGGGCUUUCUAGGAUCCUCUAGCCAUGUCGCUAUUUUCAAUGAAAUUUCCCCCCAAGACUAUCAUACAUCCGAUACAUACCAUCCUUCUGAGGAUAUGACGAUGUUGAUGCAGUCCCAGUCCACUGGCGAGAAUAUUUUGUUAAUUCAAGGCGCAGAUAUUCUCAGGCAGCUGUUAAACACAUUUCCACUCGCCGCCAUGAAGGAUUUUGUUACCUUCUGGCUAGCAACGGGAGCGAACCUAGCUCUGGCAGAGCCUUUUACUGAGAAGUGCACUGAAGACAUGACCCGCCUAUUCACGUCCUUCUCGCAAGAAGACAACUGGCAUUUGGCAUACGCCCAACGUCUAACUCAAAAUUCCCGGGAACCUUUGAGGUUUAGCAGCACGUCCGACAUGGAAACUUUCUCUGCACAGUUCCUUGACCAGAAAUUCCGAUGGGAAAGUCUAGGUAUUUUCCUCUCUGCUGUGAGUCGAGCAGCAAUAGAUAUAUCAUUUUUCCCGCCAUUGUUCAAAACCGAAAAGGAUCAGUUUAUCCUUCGAAGGCUAUCUACAAAGCUCAGUGAUCUUGCGUUAGAUAUCGCCCUCUCGCUGGAUUGCUUGAACGAUCUACAACUGGUUCUACAGUAUGAGAACUUUAUUGUACACACCCAUGUUGAUGGGGACCAAAGCUAUCAUUCAUGGAGUAGACUUGGAGAUGUUGUGUCGUCUAUGUUUGCACUUGGAUACCAUGAGAAUGUCGAAAAAACCAAACCCCAAAUUCCGAAUUUUCUUGCGGAGUUACGAAAGACGGCUUGGGCCACCACAUACUCAGCGGACAAGAAUGUGGCUAUAUUCCUAGGUCGUCCACCUCGGAUGAGCAAGCGGUUCUGCCAUUUUCAAGUACCUUUGACCCCUACGAGCUCGGAUCAGGUUUGGAACACGUCGCACGUUGAGGACGAGGUCGUUAGAUGGAAAACAGAUACACCAAUCUGCUACAUGUCAGGUAUCAGGUGGUCAACCCUCUGUGCUGCGCUGAAAGAAGAUGUCCUCGAAUUGCUCCGAUCAAAGCAACGCGAGAAUUUCAAUCAGAAAGCUAGCAUCAUCCGGCGAAAAGCUGAAAUUCAAUGGGAAAAUCUACCUCCUCGCUUCCGACUUUCGGGCGCUCUGAAAGAAUGUUCUGGGGAUGCAUUCGAACGCGACCUUCUAGUUAGCAUACGCCUGGACCAACUACAUGUUCUCUUUCUACUUCAAUUGGCGUUUCUCGAUACUCUGACCGAGCCCGAUUCGUCUAUACUCGACAUCUCGGAGCAAAUGCUUUCUAUUGUAGUGGACAGUAUUCUUCUACGAGACCAACUGGUGAACUCUGGAACAGGACUUGUUUGGAAGAUCGCCCACUUCGGCCUCCCAGCUUCAGGGAUUAUCCUUCUUUCAAUGCUGAAACAACACCGCACACUAAUCCAAGGAAGAGACUCAUGGUCUAAAACAAUACUCAAUCUCGGUAUCUUUGUUGCGCAGGUGCAGGUAGGGAGCAUCGUUCGGCGCGGAGACCCAAACUACGCCUUGAUAUCAAAGGCGACACAGACGAUUGAGCGCUUCCUCGAUUCUAUACACCGUGAAGGGAUACAAUCGCCAACGCAACUGCCACCACAUCUAGGAGAGAAUGGCGAUUGGGCUGCAUUUUUCAGCCAGGAUCUGUGUGAUUUCGAGACUGACUUUUGGGAGAACCUCGCGUAUCACCCUUCUUUGUUGGCUUCGGAUCCUAGUUUGCCUCCGAUAUAG